UUUUCCUCCUCCUCGUCAAUUCGUGCUGCUUCUGAACAAUGUCUAUUGAACGUAAAAAUCGUGCACAAGCUCUAUCAUGGCUCUCCUUCUAACGUCUUCCAUAAAGUCAAAGGCAGACUACCAAAAGAAUUGGACGUUCUCCUACUUUCAGAUUUGAUUUUUUCUAUUUCAGGUUCUCUAGACGGUCAGACUGUCCCUGCUGAUGCAAUCGCGCACUCUGCCUUGAUGCGCUACCUCCGCAAUGAUCUCAAUGAAAACGCACUUCAGCUUGGUUUAAACACCGUUUCUGAUGCAUACGUUGACGGCGACGACGGCCACGCUAAAAUCACUCUGACGCCAUCGCGGUCCCUAUGCCAUACAUUCCGCCCACAUGCUAUUCUCGUGGCAGUGGAUCUAUGCUAUAUUUGGAAAACCGCAGGCGAUCGCGAAGACUCCACAGGCCUUCUCGGCGAUGCCAGCCCGUUCGCAGACAACUUGUACCUACCCUUUGAGCUCCUCCUCAAGCGCGUCACAGAGCAGCUUUUCAAUCAGCUUGUCGGGUGCGUUUCUGCAGUCAGAGCUGAGUAUAUGCGCUCUCAUAUGGCUCAGACGCUAUCCUCUUAUCUUUGGGACGUGGUGCAAAGUAUGUUGAUCCUUUUUCUGCUCAAACGCUCUAACAAUGUCCAGAGACUCGACAUGGAGUCCGAGUACUUCCCUUCUGUUGCACAAUCCAUUCUCGAAAUCAUGCGGCGGUCCCCAAAUCCCCAUUUUGUAGCACGUUGUAAGCGACUAAUUAAGACUGCACGCGCUCGCCAUCACUCCAUGCUCCAGACCUCCGCGGCAGCCCUCUCCUUGUGUCUCGCCUCCUGCGACUCAAACGACUCGGAUGAUGGGGAGCAAAUCAAUGAUUCAAAACUCACACCAGAAGCCGUAUUGUGUGAGUCCUUGGAGCAGAUAUUUAGAGCAGGGGUCCCUCAGACCCGCUUCAAGGUCGUCGCCGCACGCUCGACCCUAUUGACUUCCUCAGCUGGGGAUGUCGAUCAACUAAUUGACGAUGACGCCAUUUUUAACAAUGCGGAAAUAGAUUUCCCUCUAGCUUGGCCCAAUCUCCCUGACAUUCACAUGGAUAACUCCGUUUCGGUUAUUGAUAUGGAGCAGACCGUGCCGAGCGACACGGAUGAUCUUUUAGAGGACUGGCCUGAAGAAGCAUUACCCUGGUCCACGUUUUCUGGUGCAUGGACCACGCAUUCGGACGAAUCUCUUAUCGAUGGCCUAGGCUCUUCAUCUCGACCACGUAGCACUACACCCCCUUUGGCACGGUCCUAUCUGACUGAAAGUGAAGACGAUAGCUUCGUGUUGGAUCUAGAACCGGAUCACGAGCAAGAGGAUGCGAAGAUGGAAGAUGCCGAUUUCGACCGUGUUGUGUUUCAUCCACCCCUGUUAGGUCAUCGCGCAAAGUUUGGGCGCCAAGAACAACCUGGAGGUACAGAGGAAUUUGACUUGCUUGUUGAUGAAGAAUGGAGCUGCGAGGACGAGUUAUUAUUUGAUUUGGCCGACGUAUUCGAUGACUCGGGUGGACUUGGUGUUGACGGCGAGACUGGACCCAUUGCUGUCUCACAAGCUCCGGACGGGGGCCCUGAUCAAGACAUCUUCUUACAGGUGAAGAGCAAUACCGCGGAUCAAGAAUACGGUUUUGACACACACUUUGGCAUGGAAGGUCAGGUGGUCCAGGGUAGUGCAGAUGACUGUUUUACGGAUGUCUGGGAUCUAUAA